CUUGGAAAAGCCAACGCAAACACCGCCGGCUUCUCGAUAUCCUAAAUUUCUGCCGCCUUGUCUGUUGUCUCCAUAACCUUUUCCUAUACAGAGCGAUACCCAUCACCUUACGAUGCUGUAAUUUUGAUGGAAGCCCGCCGGCUCGCGAUUCUUUGUUCCCAUCUCUGUUCAACGGGAUCGCCCUCUGGGUUUUCGGUUUUAUCAAUGUCGGGUUGCGCCUCAGGUUCCAACGUUGAACAUCAGCGGCAGCGGGAUUCCGAUCAGGGGAGCUUGCCAAGUGAUUGUGUCUUUUGCCAGAUUAUACGUGGUGAAGGCCCUGCUCUAAAGCUUUAUGAAGAUGAUAUGUGCCUGUGCAUCUUGGACGUGAAUCCACUGAGUCAUGGGUAAGGUAUCAUCUUUCCAUUAUGUAAAAUCAUUAAUUUGGUCUAUAAGUUCAUGUAAUGUACUAUUGCUUGAAUUUGAAAGUUGAACAAUUGAAACCUCUGCUGUCCAUUUCCAAAUUACCGAUUUGUGAGUUCUGCUUUUAAAUUUGAAGUGAAAGGAUUUAUUGAUGUAUUGAAUCUUUAACUCAAUUACUGGUUUAUAAAGUUGAAAAUAGUGACUAUUGUUGCUGAAAAGUAAUAGAUUUUUGCUGAAGGAUGUAUGCGUCUAGCUGUAGGAACGUUAGUCUUGUUAGUGGGGUCUUAGCGUCAGUUUAUACUUCUCUAAAUUUCUCAUCAGUGGGACUACAUUUUAUAUAUUACCUGUUAAGGUAUAAGUCUUCUAUAAACAGACAUGUGUUUUGUUUCUUCACAUUAAAAUAAGAAAAUGUGAAAUUAGUUAAUCUAAUCUGUUGCUCCCUAUAUUGUGGUGUUUCUUUUACUUCACAGGCAUUCUCUUAUAAUUCCAAAGGCUCAUUUUUCUUCGUUGAACACAACUCCCCCGUCUGUGGUAGCGGCAAUGUGUUCAAAGGUACCUUUCAUCAGCAAUGCAAUCAUGAAAGCUACCGGAUCUGGUAUGCACAAGUUUGUUUUCUGCAGUUAAAGUUUACAAGUCUCAUUAUCCUUAUGUUGUGUUAUAGACUUUAUCACCUUACCAUAUGGGAUCUAAAUUUCUGAAUAAUUGGAGAUUCAUGGCCCUUGCAAUGCAAUUUGUUUGACUCAAAGCUAGGUUUGAAUUUAUUUCUCAUAAAUAUUUAUUCCUUUUUACUUAGAAUUGCAUUAUUUACCUACAUUCCAAGUCUUCCAGCAAAGAUAAGUAGAUCAUGUGAGAUAUAUAACUGGAGAGGUUGGUUUUUACAGAUUCAUUCAACUUAUUGGUUAACAAUGGUGCAGCUGCUGGCCAAGUUAUAUUUCAUACUCAUAUUCACAUAAUACCCCGGAAAGAAAGUGACUGCUUGUGGGCUUCUGAGGUAUGCUUCUUUUGCAUAAUGUCUUCUCUUAUUAUGCAAACCUGUAACAAUAUUUAUACAUGUAUGAAAUAUUGGGAGUUGUACAGAGUUUACGCAGGCAUCAAUUAAAACUAGACCGGGAAGCUUCAGGGCUUGCACAUCGUAUCCAAGAACUAUUAUCAAACGUCUCCGAAGAGGGCAAACAUCGAGAAUCUAGCCUUUCAUAAAUUGUGGGAUUAACUCUUUGUUAUAGAUUAUACAGAGUGUCUAUACAUGUUUUUUUUUCUGUACCAUGUAUGUAUAGCCAAUUUUUUCUACUUUCUUGCCAGAUUCCCAAGUCAUUGUACUGCUUCAAUGAGGGAAGAUUUUGUAUUUGUUCAGUCCAUAAACGAAGAUAGUUGUGAGCAAUCUGCUUUAUCCAGUGUUUGUAUCUCAUACUCUCUACAUCUACCUGCUUGCUUGAUUCCAGUGUAAAGUUAGCAGUUUUACCAAAACCAUUAAGAAUAAGUAUUUGAAAAUUUU